GAGUACUCUGCGGACAGUUCCUCCGGUGGAAUUACUCUGCCCAUAAUCGGUGAUUUCUACUUGAAAAUUCAACACGAUGCUUACGUUUCUGAUUUAAAGGAGGCGAUCAGACAGAAGAGACAGAUCCCGUGUGAUAAACAAAUGCUGACCUUUAACGGACUUGUCCUUGAGGAAUCGUACAAAAUUGAAGCAUAUGGCAUAUGUGAUGGCUCAGUCGUGCCCCUCAGCCUUCCAAUGGAGCUCCCAGUGAAUCUUAGUAUAGACAUUAGACUUCCAUCUGGAACGUUAGCGAACCUCAAGUCCACUCACAAGGACACAGUUCAUAGUUUAAAAAGGCAGUUACAGCGUCUGCAUGGUUUACCGCUACAAAGUUAUGAGCUCAUCUUUCAGGAUGUGCUAUUGAACGGAGACCAAACUUUGGCUGCAUGCGGACUGAUUGAUCGAUGUACGCUCGAUGUUGUUCUUCAUGUACCAUCUAAGGAUGUAGAUAAGACGCACAGCUUUUCCGUGGUCGUCAAAUCCUUGGCCGGAUACUAUGAAGAGAUCGAAAUUAACCAGUCAGCAACUGCUGGAGAUUUGAAAAAAGCAAUCGAGACAGAAGAAGGGAUUCCUACAGAGGACAUGCGUUUACUUUUUAAAGGGAAACCUCUUGAGGAUAGGAAGUAUUUGAAUGAAUAUCAAAUCCAACAAGGAUCAACAACUUAUUCGUUUCGGGUACAGACAUAUCUUGGCCUUACUGGUUACUCCUCUUCCUACCAAUUCCACAAUCCAGAACUUCAAUACCAUAUCGGACCCAGCGUUCGCGUCUCGUAUCUCCCUGUUUGCGUUCGGCUUAGGCGGCUGGCGCUAAUCCGCCGGCAAACCACGGAUGUUGAAUUCAAGUACAUGCCGCAGCUCGGUACAAUUGAACAACCUGAGAGUCCGAGGGGUCCGCUUGGCCUUGCCAGUGAGGCACUGAGUGUUUUUGUUGAAAUCGGGGCUUAUCCUGCCGAAGCUGAUUUGUUAGACUAUUCAACUUCCGAUCCUGCCUUUGGAAAUAUUCCACAAGAAGCUAUCGUCUGCUGCAUUUGUCAAAUGGAGUAA